GCGUCCGCACUUCCCGCCGGGGCCCUGGCCGAUCCGGCACUGGGCAUGGAGAGAGGGGAGCGAUACCGCAAUCCCACCGAGGUGCAGAUGAGCCAGCUGGUGCUGCCGUGCCACACAAACCACCGCGGCGAGCUGAGCAUCGGCCAGUUGCUGAAGUGGAUUGACACUACAGCCUGCCUCUCUGCCGAGAGACAUGCUGGCUGCCCCUGCGUCACGGCUUCUGUGGAUGAUAUCUAUUUUGAGCACACGAUUAGACAGAUUCAGAUAAUGCCUCCCUGGCAGCAGCAGCAUGGGAAGAACAAUGUCUGUGUUGGGCAAGUUGUUAACAUCAAAGCCAAAGUAAACCGAGCCUUUAACUCUAGCAUGGAGGUUGGCAUACAGGUCAGCUAUGAAGAUCUGUGCAGCGGGAAGCAGUGGAAUGUGUGUAAGGCCUAUGCUACUUUUGUUGCACAAGGCAAAGCAACUGGCAAGAUGAAGCUAAAGCCGCUGGCUCCUCAGACCGAGGAGGAGAAAAUGGAACACAGCAUUGCUGCUGAGCGCCGCCGAAUGCGCCUGGCCCACACCGACACCCUCAAGGAUCUCCUCACCAACAGCACCAUGCAGACUGAGCGUGAGAACGGAGACUGCAACACCGUGGUGCCUGCUGAAAAGACCAGGGUGGAGAGCGUGGAACUGGUGCUGCCCCCUCAUGCCAAUCAUCAGGGGAACACGUUCGGAGGCCAGAUCAUGGCGUGGAUGGAAAACGUGGCCACGAUAGCAGCAAGCCGGCUGUGCCAUGCCCACCCCACUCUGAAGACCAUUGAAAUGUUCCAUUUCAGGGGACCAUCACAAGUUGGGGACCGCCUCUUGUUAAAAGCUAUUGUUAAUAAUGCAUUCAAAAACAGCAUGGAGGUUGGCGUUUGCGUCGAGGCCUAUCGGCAGGAAAUGGAAGUUAGUCGAAGACACAUCAACAGUGCCUUUAUGACAUUUGUUGUCUUGGAUCAAGAGGGUCAGCCCAGUACCAUUCCGAUGGUGAAACCAGAAGCUGGGGAUGGAGAGAGACGGUACAGAGAAGCCAGUGCUAGAAAAAAAAUUAGAUUGGACAGAAAAUACAUCAUUUCCUGUGAACAGACAAAAGUGCCAUUGUCGGUGCCCUGGGACCAAAGUAACAAGGUUUAUCUGAGCUACAACAAUGUUUCUGCACUGAAGACUCUUGUAGCGAAAACCAAUUGGGUACUCGCCACAGAAAUAGACAAGGUCAGGAUGUACACGCUGGAGGAAGACAAGUACCUCUCCUUCCGAAUAGAGAUGAGCCUCUGCAUUGAUGCAACACAGGCCUUCUUCCUUCUGUCAGACUUAAGACAGAGGCACGAAUGGGACAGACAUUAUGCGAGCGCUGAGCUCGUCCAGCAAGUUGAUGAAGACGACAUGAUCUACCAUGUGCUUAGUCAGACGGUUAGUCAAGAAAACAAGCCUCAGGACUUUGUCAUCCUGGCGUCAAGAAGAAAACCUUGUGAUGAAGGUGACCCAUAUGUCGUCGCGUUCAGAUCGGUCACGCUGCCCACCCGUCCACCAAACCCCGAGUACACCCGAGGGGAGACUAUGUGUUCCGGCUUCUGUAUUUGGCAGGAGACAGCCGAGCUAACCAAGGUGUCCUAUUACAACCAGGCAGCUCCAGGAUACCUAGCGUACGUCACGACUAACAUUGCAGGACUGUCCUCGGACUUCUAUGUUACCUUCAAAGCCUGUGAGAGAUUCCUGCAGAAGAACAAAGAUGAGAUCACAGUCGGGCUUCAGAAUCUGUAA